CUCAACAAGAAAAUAUGUGUGCUUGCUUGCCACCAAAACUAAAACACAGCAAAAGCCAUCAAUCUGAGGAACUUUUCCGGUAAAAAGCCGCGAAAACUCCACCAUGUUCAUCGCCGCAGCAACGACGACGGCGAUGACGACGUGUCGUUUCCAUACGCUUCGAAUUCAAUGCGCUGAUUCGAAGCCCAGACCCGGGUUCGGAACCAAAACCAACAACAAGAACAAGAAAAAGAACAACCUCAACCAGACAAACAAGGCCGCUACCUCAGUUGAGCAGAAGGGAACUGGUUAUCAACAAAGGAAAUCAACCACGAACCGGUCUGUGACAAAUCAGGCGCCUGGAUUAAGUUCCCGAUUUGAUGGUAAAGUUAAGAGAAAUCUUGGGGACCUUGAGUUUGAGGAACGUCUGGAAGCAGUUAGAAGUUCAGCACUUGAGCAGAAGAAAACAAUUGACAAAGAGGAAUUUGGAGCAAUUGACUAUGAUGCACCUGUCAAAUCGGAAAAGAAAAAAAUUGGACUUGGAACACAGAUUGGAGUAGGUGUAGCAGUAUUGGUAUUUGGUUUGGUUUUUGCUUUGGGGGACUUUCUUCCUUCUAGCAGUGUUAGUCCUACUGAGGAUGCUGCACUAACCAGUAAUAAACUGUCUGAAGAAGAGAAAGCUUCACUUCAGACUAGGCUCAAAGAAUAUGAAGCAACACUUGGUAACAGCCCAAAAGAUCCAACUGCUCUUGAGGGAGCUGCAGUAACUUUAGCAGAAUUAGGAGAAUAUACUCGGGCUUCCACUCUGCUUGAGGACUUGACUAAGGAAAAACCAAGUGAUCCUGAAGUUUUUCGUCUGCUUGGAGAAGUAAAAUAUGAACUCAAAGAUUAUGAAGGGAGUGUUGCUGCAUAUAAGGUUUCUUCCAUGGUGUCCAAAGAUCUCAAAUUUGAAGUUAUGCGUGGCCUUACAAAUGCAUUGCUUGCUGCCAAAAGACCAGAUGAGGCUGUCCAAUUUCUUCUUGCCUCUCGAUCACGGUUGGAUGCAGACAACCCAAAGGCUGCAAGCAGUACGACUGAACUGCAGGUGGAUCCCAUUCAAGUCGAAUUACUUCUUGGAAAAGCCUAUUCAGAUUGGGGCCAUAUCAGUGAUGCUGUUUCUGUCUAUGAUCGGCUCAUCUCUAGUCAUCCAAAUGACUUCCGUGGUUACUUGGCUAAGGGAAUUAUAUUAAGAGAAAAUGGUAAAGGUGGAGAAGCAGAGCGGAUGUUCAUACAGGCACGGUUUUUUGCACCAGAGAAGGCCAAGGCACUUGUAGAUCGGUAUUCAAGAUGAUGACCACAAUGUUGAAGUAGAAUGUGCCCCCAAAUUGGAAGACAUAAAAGAUAGUUAGGACUAGGAUAGGUCAAGAGGUUCAAUCCUUUCCAUUGUAACAAAAAUUGUAAUCGCAAAGGCUUCUCGUGCUACCCCUGAGCAUUGAGUUCACUUGUAUAGAACUAGAGACUUUUGGUCCAAGAACACAUUAGACGAGCUGAGCUGUGAAUAAACAGAUGAUAGGUUUGGAUCAUUUUAGAUUUACUUCUGA